AUGGGCCGGGAGUCACGCCACUACCGGAAGCGAUCAGCAUCUCGAGGCCGCUCUGGAAGUCGGUCUAGAAGUCGUUCACCCUCAGAUAAAAGAAGUAAACGCAGUGAUGACAGAAGGUCAAGAAGCAGAGAUAGAGAUCGAAGGAGAGAGAGGUCACGAAGCAGGGAUAAAAGAAGAUCUCGGUCAAGGGACCGAAAACGCUUGAGACGUUCCAGAAGCAGAGAAAGAGAUAGGAGUCGGGAACGAAGAAGAUCUCGAAGUCGAGACAGAAGGAGAUCAAGGAGUAGAAGUCGUGGCCGGCGAUCGCGAUCCUCUAGUCCUGGCAAUAAAAGCAAGAAAACUGAGACGAGAAGAUCUAGGUCCAAAGAGAAAACAGAUAGUGGAGAAAGUUCUAAAGAGAAGAAAAAAGACAAAGAUGACAAGGAGGAUGAAAAAGAAAAAGAUGCUGGCAACUUUGAUCAGAAUAAGCUAGAAGAAGAAAUGAGAAAGCGAAAAGAAAGAGUUGAAAAAUGGCGAGAAGAGCAGCGUAAAAAGGCCAUGGAAAAUAUCGGAGAACUGAAAAAGGAGAUUGAAGAAAUGAAACAAGGGAAGAAAUGGAGUUUAGAAGAUGAUGAUGAUGAUGAAGAAGAUCCUGCAGAAGCUGAAAAGGAAGGAAAUGAAAUGGAGGAUGAAGAAUUAGAUCCUUUAGAUGCUUACAUGGAAGAAGUGAAAGAAGAAGUAAAAAAGUUCAACAUGAGAAGUGUAAAAGGUGGUGGAGGAAAUGAGAAGAAGUCUGGACCAACAGUCACCAAAGUUGUCACUGUUGUGACAACCAAAAAAGCAGUUGUAGAUGCUGAUAAGAAGAAAGGUGAAUUGAUGGAAAAUGACCAAGAUGCCAUGGAGUAUUCUUCAGAGGAGGAAGAAGUUGAUCUUCAAACAGCCCUUACAGGCUAUCAGACAAAACAGAGAAAGCUUUUAGAACCAGUUGAUCAUGGAAAAAUUGAAUAUGAACCAUUUAGAAAAAAUUUUUAUGUUGAAGUUCCAGAAUUGGCCAAAAUGUCUCAAGAAGAAGUGAAUGUAUUUCGGUUGGAAAUGGAGGGCAUUACAGUUAAGGGAAAAGGUUGUCCCAAACCAAUUAAAUCUUGGGUUCAAUGUGGAAUUUCCAUGAAGAUUUUAAAUUCUCUCAAGAAGCAUGGUUAUGAAAAACCCACACCCAUCCAAACCCAAGCAAUUCCUGCUAUAAUGUCUGGAAGGGAUUUGAUUGGCAUUGCAAAGACAGGAAGCGGGAAGACUAUUGCUUUUCUUUUGCCUAUGUUUAGACACAUUAUGGAUCAGAGGUCAUUAGAAGAAGGAGAAGGACCUAUAGCUGUCAUCAUGACUCCAACUCGAGAACUGGCUUUACAAAUUACUAAAGAAUGUAAGAAGUUUUCGAAGACAUUGGGACUUCGCGUAGUUUGUGUCUAUGGAGGAACAGGAAUUAGUGAACAGAUUGCUGAGCUGAAAAGAGGUGCUGAAAUUAUUGUUUGCACACCUGGUCGAAUGAUUGACAUGCUAGCAGCUAAUAGUGGUCGAGUCACAAAUCUUCGAAGAGUGACAUAUGUUGUUUUAGAUGAAGCAGACAGAAUGUUUGAUAUGGGUUUUGAGCCUCAGGUCAUGCGCAUUGUGGACAAUGUUCGUCCUGAUCGACAGACAGUUAUGUUUUCUGCUACUUUCCCCAGAGCAAUGGAGGCAUUGGCCCGAAGGAUCCUGAGUAAACCCAUUGAAGUUCAGGUUGGAGGCAGGAGUGUGGUUUGCUCAGAUGUGGAACAACAAGUGAUUGUGAUAGAAGAGGAAAAGAAAUUCUUGAAGUUACUUGAACUUCUAGGUCAUUAUCAAGAAUCUGGUUCUGUCAUUAUAUUUGUUGAUAAGCAAGAACAUGCUGAUGGUCUUCUGAAGGAUUUAAUGAGAGCAUCCUAUCCUUGCAUGUCUCUUCAUGGAGGUAUUGAUCAGUAUGACAGAGAUAGCAUCAUAAAUGAUUUCAAGAAUGGAACCUGCAAACUUCUUGUAGCUACUUCUGUCGCUGCUCGAGGUCUCGAUGUGAAGCAUCUGAUUCUUGUAGUGAAUUACAGUUGUCCCAAUCAUUAUGAGGAUUAUGUACACAGAGCAGGGCGAACUGGAAGAGCUGGCAACAAAGGUUAUGCAUACACUUUUAUCACAGAAGAUCAAGCUCGGUAUGCUGGUGACAUAAUUAAAGCUCUCGAAUUAUCAGGGACUACAGUGCCUCCUGAUCUAGAGAAACUUUGGAGUGAUUUCAAAGACCAGCAAAAAGCUGAAGGGAAAAUAAUCAAAAAGAGUAGUGGUUUCUCUGGUAAGGGAUUCAAGUUUGAUGAAACAGAACAAGCUUUGGCUAAUGAGAGAAAGAAGUUACAAAAAGCAGCUCUUGGUCUGCAAGAUUCAGAUGAUGAAGAUGCUGCAGUUGAUAUUGACGAACAAAUUGAAAGCAUGUUUAAUUCAAAGAAGAGAGUAAAAGAUAUGGCUGCUCCUGGAACAUCUAGUGUUCCUGCUCCAACUGCAGGAAAUGCUGAGAAAUUAGAAAUUGCUAAGAGGUUGGCUCUUAGAAUCAAUGCCCAGAAGAAUUUGGGCAUUGAGUCUCAGGUAGAUGUGAUGCAACAGGCCACCAAUGCAAUUCUCAGAGGUGGCACCAUUUUGGCUCCUACUGUAUCUGCAAAAACCAUUGCAGAACAGCUUGCCGAAAAGAUCAAUGCCAAGCUCAAUUAUGUACCUUUGGAGAAACAAGAAGAAGAGAGACAAGAUGGUGGGCAAAAUGAAUCUUUUAAGAGAUAUGAGGAAGAACUAGAGAUCAAUGACUUCCCACAGACUGCUAGGUGGAAAGUUACUUCUAAAGAAGCUCUACAGAGAAUUAGUGAAUACUCUGAGGCUGCAAUUACAAUCAGAGGAACGUAUUUCCCACCUGGAAAAGAACCCAAGGAAGGAGAGAGGAAAAUCUACUUGGCUAUUGAAAGUGCCAAUGAACUGGCUGUGCAAAAAGCAAAGGCAGAAAUCACCAGGCUCAUAAAAGAAGAACUAAUCCGGUUGCAAAAUUCAUAUCAACCAACAAAUAAAGGAAGAUACAAAGUCCUGUAGAACAACUGAGAUAAACUUUUUACCUAUGCUGGUCUGUGAUACUUGUGGCAGUUGUCAACAGUUUACAAUGUAUUGUAAAUUAAGAUUUUUUAAACUCUGUCUUGCUGAUUUUUUAAAAACAAGAAACCAGUAUUUGCUAAAGAAAUCUUUCAGUAAGUACCCUCAGAAUCAGACUGUGAAGCCAGCCUGUUUUCAUAAUUUGUCCUUUAAUGAAAAACUUAAUAUCACUAUUUUAAAUAUCUGGAUCAAAGGUUUAAAAAAUGGCAAUCUUUGGACUUUCUAUUGAAGCUAAUAAAGUACACAUUGUUAAGGGGCUA